AUGGUCGAGGUUUCUUGGAAUGCUCCGGUGUAUGGUAAUCCUGAUUUUAUUUUCCCUUUCAAAUUGAAGAGUUUGGAAGAAUCUAUGAAGUUGUGGAAUCUACAGGUGUUUGGAAAUGUUAAGGUUCGGCUCAAACAGGCGCAACUUAAGUUUGAAGUGGCUAGUCGUAAUUCUGAUGAGGAUCCCUUUAAUUCUUCUAAAUUGAAUGUCAUGAAAGAUGCCUUAGCGGCUGUUCAAGAUGUUCAACUGAGUGCCAAUACUAUCUCGGAGCUGGUGAAUGAGGAUGGUACAACUAUUACUGAAUCGGACCAACUAAGGAAUCAUGUGGUUUCUUAUUAUGAGUCUAAAUUUAAUGGGAAUGAUCUGCCUAUUGAAGAAAAUUUGUUUGAGUAUGAGCAUGAGACUAUUUCUUUGGAGGAGAGCCAGAUGUUAGAUGCCGUUCCUUCUAUGGAGGAAAUCCAUGCUGCCGUUUUUGAUUUGGGGGCAGAUAGUGCUCCGGGUCCGGAUGGUUUUUCUGGGUGUUUUUAUAGACACUGCUUGGAUUUGAUUCAUCAAUAUUUGUUCAACGCUAUUACUUUUUACUGGAUGAAUAAAACCAUUCCUAAUGGGGCUAGUUCUAGCCUCAUUCUUUUGCUUGCAAAGGUAAUGGGUGCUGAUUGCUUGAGGAAACUUAGACCUAUUGGGCUAAGUAAUUUUUUCUUCAAUAUUUUUACUAAAAUUCUGGCUAUUAGACUUGGUAAGGUCCUGGGUAAUCUGGUCUCAGAGGAGCAAGUUUCUUUUAUGAAAGGGAGGAAUAUUCAUGAAAACAUUAGUUUGGCUUCUGAGAUGGUUAAUGAGUUGCACAUUAGAAGAAAGGAUGGUAAUUUGGGUCUUAAGCUGGAUAUUUCUCACGAUUUUGAUACAGUUAGUUGGCCUUUUGUUAUGGAGGUGUUUCGCAAGUAUGGAUUUUCAGAAGAUUGGUAUACUUGUAUUCUCAAUAUUUUGAAAUCUGCUCGUAUUUCUAUUCUUCUUAAUGGUAGCCCGGAAGGGAAAUAUGAAAAUUCUGACAAACUUGGUGAAGUCGCUAGAUGA